AUGAAUAGUGAAGGCUGUAGGGAGGGACUAAAUGGGAAGGAAAGGGGAAGGUUGAGGAGAGGGUUGACGCAGGGGAUUGCCGGGUUCUGUGUGCUGAUUGUCGUCUGUCAGUUCCCUGCCUCCGCGACUGCCCUGAGGCCGAUCAGGGAGAAGGUGGCCUCGUCUUCUUCGUUGGUGUCUUCGGGUUCUUCCUUCUGGAUUGAUGAGGUCAGCUAUUCUCUUUCCCUAUCUAUAAUCCUCGCACAACGCACUUGGAGAGAAAAAAUUCAGGAAACCUGUGCAGAAUUGACGAAUAUGAUCCUCAUCAGACUCUUAUGCCUCGCAUAUUUCGAAUUUUCAGAGAGAGAGAGAGAGAGAGAGAGAGAGUCGUCAAGUGAUGAAUGAAGAGCUGAUCAAUAUUUUGAUCGAGACAUGCCCCUCUGCUAACCCUCGAACAACCCACCUUUUGGUUUUAAAGAGAGUAUAUUUUAUCUCAAUCGCCUAUUUUUGUGGACAAUAUGGAACGAAAUUGACAUCAUUUCUCUUUGUAGAUCAUGUAUCGAUUUUUAAGAACGAUUCCUGUUGGUCUCUAACUCUCCCUGUAAUGUCUGCGACAGAGUGAAGCCUAUCAAAGUUAUCACAAUAAGACCUUUAGCAUAUCUAUAGCAUAAUUGUCAAAUUAUAGUAAAUGCCACUCAUUUCAUCUUUACUUCUUCAUAUAUGUUUUUCAACAUGUCUAGCAAUCAAACAAUUAUCUGGACGGUUGUGAUAAACAACGGUUAGGAAAGGACCAAACUAGUUGGAAAGCUUUGCCAUAUGAUUGACCAUGAAGAUAAAAAUUUGGGGCCAUGAAUUUUAGGUCAGUGUAUCACAUGGCUGAGUAAAUGCAUUUCUACCUCCAAAAGUUCAUCUUGUCAGUCUCUUUGCGUGAGAGUGAGCAGUAAUUUUUGUAAUGAAAACUUAUGCAAGCUUGUGCUUCUAAACCUGGUGGAUAAUUUCCUAUUUUCUAUGCUAGAUUUUGAAAGUGUUUUUAGCUUUAUAUGCUAUCAGUCCGUAUUCAUUUCCUUUUUUUUCACCAGCCCAUUAUGAGAAGAGAUGAAAGCAACUUUGGUCCACACUCUGUCAGAAAUAUCACUGGAACAUACAAAGGUUUCCAAUUUAUUCCUUCUCCUUUAAAGAGGCUUUAUCCCUGUAAAUAAAUUGUGGAGAUUUUGCUUAGCCUGAAAGUUCCGGAUUUCUGAUAAUUUCAUUAAUGGCUUCCGUAGAAAAAAUAAAUUUCCUCUUUUUUUAGUAUUUAACCCACAGACUUACCAGUAAAACAAGUUCUAUGUUAGGGAAACAUUUUGACCGGAUUUACUAUCCUAUAUCUCCAUUUAAGAUACACAUUGUGCUGCUCUUGUUAUUUUCAUUUUUAGUCUACACUUUGAAUGCUUUUGAAUUUGAAAGAUAACAAAGUGAAAGGUUCUUAUUUUACACGUGUAGCUGGAAAGUAAUUUGUGUACAAAUAAUGAAUGCCACUACUGCUAAUACUGAUGAGCCUAAAGUUGCCACGGAAGCAUCAUUUGAAGUACAAAGUUACAUUUACAUUACACACCUAGAAUUAUAUGUUAACAUCUAGUUUUCAUUGUAGUGGAGCCAUCUCCCAUGACCAAGGGGUAACCUGUUGCAAUGCUCGCUGGCAUGGCCAUUGGCAGUGUGCUCAUUGUUCUAGAAAAAAUCAUAUGUCAGAAAGUUAAGAAAAAUGAGUACCUACCUUAAAUGAUGAUCACAAUACCGUUGGAAUUCUUGGUACUAUUGGGCGAUUCAUGUAAUUAUUUGAAUUUCUAUAUAAUGUCUGGCCUCUAUUUCACUCAGACAUUAAGAGUACCUUUUUUCUAUUUAAAUAAAGAAGUAUAUAUGGAGUAAUUGCCAACUUUUGUUGCCUGGCGGAGGGGGGUGUUGAGGGACGCCAACAUCAUGAUGUGUUGUCUUAAGAAGAUAAUCUAUGACCUUUAGUGAUGUUUUCCACUGUGGUUUUAAGAAAUUCAAUCAAAUUGUAUUAGAUCCUGGUUUCUUAGGAGUCAAACAAGUUACUUUGUGUUCAUUCACCAGCAAUCUUUAGGAGUAGGUAUUCUUAUUAUUUAUGUUGAUAGCAUCCUCUUUUCUGGUGGUGACUUGGAAGGCAUUGAAGAGACAAGAUAACAUUUAAAUAAGCAAUUUUGACCGACGAUCUUGUAUCAAUAAAUAUUGCAUGGUGAAAAGUUAUUUGCAAAACGUGAAAUACUGUACAAUAUUUAUAUAGCUUCCUAAGAUGUUUCGUUGAGAUGUUUUCUUGGGAGUUUUGAGGUACAUAAAUGGCUCUACUAGUAAAGGGCUCUAUUUUUUCAAUGGAGGACGCACAGACAAUGUUUCUUUUUCUGAUGCUGAUUGGUAGAAGAUCUACCAUUGGAGGUAAUCUUAACAUUGUGUUGAGCUUGAAUAUAGAACUGUGCCUCAAACAACAUCCGAUGUAAUGCGGUUGAAAACUCUCAUUUAAAUUUUGACACUGAAUUCCAGUGAAUUCAAGUUUUAUAAACAUUAAGGCGUCAUCUUAAUUCCUUGCAACUCGAGUUUUUAUGAAAAAAACAAGCAUAUUGUUGUAUUUUGCCAUUUUUUAAGGGAAGUUGUAAUGAGCCGGAGGAUUUGCCCUCAUACUGAAUCCACAGAUCAAUAUCUCAUGUGACAAGCGGGUCAUGGUUGAUAUAUAUUCGCCAACUUGAGGGUAACUGUUAAUGUGGGUAAAUAUUCUACAAGUAAGUGGGUCUGACCAAGCCAAUACAAGUAAGUGUUAAUGUGGGUAAAUACCUGAUCCCUCGUAUUGUUCUCAACUUCUUCCUAGAUAUAGGCGGGGACCCUCGUCUGGAGACACUUUAAGGAAAGUUUUUUUCUUUUUCACUCUCACACAACGAUUAAAAGUAAAACUAUUGACAUUUGAUUAUCAAAUUAAAGGUUGUAGACAACUUAAUAUAAGCUGAAAGAUGCUCAAGCUGACAUUGAAAGUACAAUACUUUCCUGUAAGUACAAUAUAUGGUGAAAGAUGCUCUGCAAUUGUAUCAGUGAUUCCAAACUUUUCUCUUGUGGAUAAGGGGAUUUUUUUUUUGUUUGAAAAUCACUUAUUGAAACGAUUUAGUCUCUAAAUUAUGCCACCAAUUCAUCUAAACAAACUGUUGAAUGAAAUGGCUUAGCUCAUGAACUAUGUAGCCAUUGUUGAGAUUUCCCAUGUUAUGGUAAAAUAGAGACUUGGUUGGUUUAUCAUUACCUUUCAGGGUAUGGGCAUUAAUAGAAACUGGAAAAUUCUUCAAACAGGUAUCGAAGUUGGCAGCUAUAUCGACUAUUGGUCAAUACGUUGGUUGAGAGGGCCUGAGGGAAAUGUUGACACUUAUUGAUCAUGCACAAAUACAAUAGAAUCUUGAAAGGAAGAUGAAGGAGAACAAGCCAGACAUUCAUUGAAUGCUCAGUGGUAGAUUGGAAAAAUCACAGAUGUGGAUCGUAGGUCAUUAUUUAAUUACACGUGUGGAUGUCUUAGGCUAAGAGAUUGUUGGGGAAAUGUGAUACACUGAACAAGAUUUUAAGACCUUCAGGAAGAAAGUUAUUAGCAAUAAUCUUGACAGGAAUUAUGAUGGAUGAAUCACAGGCUUCUAGGGCCAAAAAUAUUGUUACAAGGCGCUGCUACCAUUGGAAUUCUAAAGCAGCAGGCAGGACGGUAGUAUCAGAGGGAAGUUUAAAUAGAGUGCGGAAGAUGGGGAGAGACAGGAUGAAAAGAUAAGAGAAAAUAGAUUCUCUUAUUUUCUUGCCAUCGUCAUAGAAGUCAAAUUAUUCUUUAUGCCUUGAGAAAAUAUUCAUAAGAUUAACAAUUGACCCCAGAUAUAUUUCUGCAAUUUAUUUUCUGAUUUGAGGGUCAUCCUAGUUUCUUUUCGUUUUUGCGGUAUAAUUGGAAUAUAUGAUUAACUGUAAGGUGAUAAAUGAGAAACAUCCCGGACUCCAUAGUUGCAAGGCAGGUGCUUGUGGGAUCCGCAAGUAAGCAAUGAACAGGGCAGAGAUUUUAGGCAUAAUAAGUGAAGUAGGAAUAUAAUGGAGGACAAUAUUUUUGAAAAUACUGACAAUCCCCGGCUGUUGGUAACCUACAGAAUUUGGAUAUUCCAAUACUAUUUAUACAGUGCCUAGGAACAGAAAGAGGUUAUUGAUCAUUUAUAACAUUGAUAACGUAAAUCAAAUAUUUAUUAGCUAGACACAUGUUUGGCAUGGUUGCCAGUGACCUGAAUCUCAUAUUCAAUCUCAUGUUGUAUCCACCAGUCAAAAUAAACUAUUCAUGAAAUGGCAAAUUGAGAACAAGACUGUUUGUUUACAAUUUCUAUGCUGUGCGGCUCUUUUCAUUGGUCUUCUUCUAUGUUGACUUGGGUUAAACUUCCUGUAGGCGAAUGGAAGCUUUUUGAUAAUGCCAAUGGAUCUUCAAGGUUCUUUCAUUUUAUGAAAUCCCAUGGUAUUUCCGUUCUUGAGUUAGUGAGUGUUCCAGCAAAGAUAAAUGGUGUUCAUUAUGUUCAGGUAUUUCACUCAAUUGAUUGACAUGUUGACAAUUUUCCUUGCUAGACAUGAUAUAUUCCUCAUUUCGUUUCGAUGAUCAUCCCAUGAAGGUUUCUGUAUUGCUCAGAUAAUUUUCUUAGAAGUAUUAGCUUGCAUUUGAAAAACUUGUUUAUCCUCUGUAUUUUCUGUGAUAUCUGGAAUUACUGUAAAAUAUGCAUUUGGUCUCGGAUAUUUGGAUACCAAUUCUGUUUGAGAAAUUCUGUAUUGGUAGCGUAUUAAUAUUUUGUAUAGAUAAAAUGACUGUAGCCCUCUGAAAUCAAGAAUAUGCUGAAGACAGGGACAGGCCGCAGUGGUGUACUCAUUUGUUAUAUUGAAUAAAAGAAUAGGUCAGUAUUGUUGCAUUUUUUUCUCUUGGAAAUAUUCCAGAGCGUACAGGUGAUUAUGAAAUUUAAAUAUGGAGUUACUUUUUUAAAAACCAUUUGGGGAAAGAAUCAUAGUGACUCCACAUUAAACAUUUGCGCAGAGAACUUUCCACUGGACUUUUUCCAAAUUGUAUCUUAAAUCAAUCAAUCAUCAUGAAGAAACAACACUGACAGCAACCCUAAAUAAUUUAGAAUGUCCCUCACAUCAAAAAAAUGUAAAGAGUUGGAAGAGAAAAUGGAUAUAUGAUUGAGCACCAUGGUUAUUUUGGCAACUUUGGAAUAAACGAAAACAAAGAAGAGAAAUUAUCUUAUUCAUUAUUUUCAAAUUCUGGAGAACUUUUGAAGAGAAGAUUAGUUUUCUGAGUUUUAUUAAGGCGCCAAGCAUAUUCCUUUGCCAUCAGAUAAAGUAGGAAAAUAUUUAGUGGUUGGUCAAUGUAGGAUUUUAUUUUCAUGAACUUUGAUAUAACCUCUGAUAUUGAUUUUAAAAAAAAUCUUCUAAUAUUAUCCUAUGUUCUUAUUGAAAUGGAAUAUGGUUCAUUGAUAUUUGAAUUUUUUUUGCCUGUAAUAUCACUGAAGUCAAAUUGGGCGCAGCAAUAUGUUAUCUUUUGCAGUAAAGGCUUAUAUAUUUUAUUCCUGUCUUCCAUUUCAGGGAGCAGUUACUUUCCACGAUGUUGUUGACAAUAAACAGGAUCUUGGGGCCGUUCAGAUGAGAGUUGAAGGUGUAUACAUAUGGCCCUUUAGGCAACUUCGUUUGGUGGCGAGCAGGUCAGCACAUCUUUACUUGUUCUGGCAACUUCGUCUGGCAUAUGCAUUUACUUGGUCACAUCUUUCGGUGUCUCCACAAGAUCAUGCAAACAGUAGUGCUGUUUUUUCUUGUCUGAUGGAUAUCAGGAUACUGAAGUAUUGUGUUGUCUCUACAUUAUCAACGGACAGUAUCGUUUUUAUAUUUUUGUUUCGCAUUGUGGAUAAUGUGCACUUCAUUUUAUGGGCAAGAUCUAUGAUUGGGUUUACUUUGUUGAAAUUAUGAUCUGAUUUUGUUGAAUCUUACUGUCGUAGCUACUCAGCCUGGUUUUUUUUUUGUUCUCAAGUUUAGAAUGUUACAUAUCCUAAAGGCCGUUGAUAGAAUAAUUAAAUGGAACUUAGCACAGUUCCUAAUUCCUUACGAAAAUUUUAAGUAAUAUACAUGAAGAAUCCUUGUCCGCCUCAUUUAGGUAUGCAUACUUGCAACAAAUUUAUGCACAUUGAGAGGAAUAAACACCUAAUAGUUUCCAGAGAUGGCUAUAUAUAGGAGGAUAGGUGUGAACAAAAGUUGUUGGGAGAAGGGUAAUGUUUCCAGAAAUUUGGUGAAAGGUAUUGAGAUAACAGUCUAACAAAGGAGGGCAUUGGGUAGAUGUUGUAGUUGACCACGUCAACAAUUCAUGCAUUUAUCAAUGUUUCGUAGUGGCAGGAAAAGAAGGGUACUAUUGGAGAUGACCAUUGGGCACCUUCCAAUCUUCUAGAAGUACGUCAUGCAGAGUUCACCAUUUUGAGUGUUAGAAUACACCCCCAAAUCAUGCAUGCUGAAGUAGAAAAAGUCAUGUCAUGUGAAGUAGCUAAAAUAAUCAACUCUUUUUGAAGUCACUUCAGCUGAUAACCAGCAUAGUGGGUGUGCUUCCUCACCUUGGGACAGCCUCAUAUCAAUUAUCUUCCAUCUACCAACCUCUGGCCUGCUCCAAAGUGGAUGCGUGUGCCAACGUAAUGCUUGAAGUGCUGAUUAAGUAAUCAUACAAGCGUACUGGUCUACCUUUUUUUAGUUUGAAUAAUGGCGGUGGUCGCUUGGAGAGUAUUAGCUUUCCUUUUUCAUUUUAUCACCUAUAUGCUAUUUUAAUCCACCAUAUUGUUGUGGUUUUCUGAACAAAAAAAACUCUCUGAUGAGUCAGAGUUUGAAUAUUGUUGUUAUUAAUGAACUACACCUUUUUAUUUCUAAUGCACCAGUUUUCAUCAUGUAGUGGAACAGAUGGGGAGUCUGGACAAGAAGAUUAUUUUUCUUCUAAUCCUUAUCAUUUGGUAAGCACUGUCUAUUCUUUUACGCUUUAUUCCAAUAUGGGUUUCAUUGUUACUUCAUGGUUCAUUUUAAGAUCAUCCCUUUUAUAUUGGACAUCUUGCUAGUUAAAAUUUCACACAUGUCAUAAAGGACACACCAGCAAGCAAAAGAAUUUAGAAUUAUGUUAUUGGAACAAUAGAACGUCAUCUUCUACUUGGUGUCAUUGCUAUUGAUUUAUUGUGAUUCAUUUGCUGACUUCUGGUGAUAUCUUCCAAGUUUAUUUCCUGUAUGUCAGAUUUGAGUUGGAUUCUCUUUUAUAUUUUUUUCUCCUAUCUCUAAGCUAAUGACUUUUAUCUAUAUCUUAAUAUGAUCCUGAAACAUCAUACCCUAUUAUUAAAAGCAUUAGCAGGGUGUUUUGCACCGUCCAGGGCAGCUCUUCUUUGACUGGCAAAUAGUGUUUUCUGGUUGUGGUAUACCAGAUUGAUCAUUAGCUAGAAAAGUCCCGUCGUUUUGUUGAGGAAGCUGUACUUUUCCAUGGAUGGAGAAAUGGCCUUCUUGAAAAGUGUUGUAACAAUUGAAGAAAGUCAAAGGCAAUGGGUGGAAAAUGCUUCUGAGAUGCUUUAUAGGUAGUGGAGGGCAUUAAUGAAAGAAAGGAGAAAUGAAAACCCAGAAUAAUCCUCUAGAAGUGACUAUCCAUAUUUAGGUUGCAUGAUAUUUGAAGUGUUUCAAAAUUGGUAGAAAUCAACUCUCUGCCAUGGAUGUCAGGAAAGCGUCUCUUUGAGCACCCAGAACUAGAUUGUACAUCAUGCGGAUGACUUUGGAAAAUUCCAUACUAAUCACAUUCUUUAAAAAAUAGAAUGCCCAUAUCAUGACCCUUUCUAAAAUAAUUACUUUCCAAUGCUGGUUUCUGCCUAUGCCUAUCUUUGUUUGAAUCCAAGUAUUAUCUUUGGGAUAUAACUUACUCUUGUCUUGCUCAAUUUUUAUGAUCUUUGGACUUGGUUAUGCAACUAUUAUAUUUCAAGUUCAACGCAGUUGAUGAGAUCCCUCAUUGUUACCGACUCAUUUUUGCCAUGUGGAUGACAACUGAACCAGUAACUGCUUGCUUUUUAUUUCAAACAGCUUGGCGCAUUUUCUUCUCAGGUGUUUCCAGAGUCUGCAAGAGACAAGAUCCAGUGGAAAAAAUGUAUCGUCAUUUUGCUUUUGGCUUUUCAUGAUUUAGUUUGCAAUGCCCUGGGAUCCUCUUAAGAUGUCUUCUUUUGCAGCACUUAUGCGUGAUCUGGAGAAGCAUUGUAGCAUAGAGAUAGCGGCUCAGCUUUCACCUAUCUCACCCAGCCAAAGCAGUAAGUUUUUUUCUAGAUUUAUUGUAAGAUUUUCUAUUGCUCACCUGUCAUUGUAACUAAUUUAGUUCGGAGUUUUCUGUGAUAAUGGGCAAUCAGAUAGUGGUGGCACCAAUUGGAUUUACUCUUUACUACUAGUCUGUUAUACCAGUUGUAUUGUCGUUCUUGUGAUGCGCUAGGUUCACAGGUAUCCUUCAGAGUAAGAUUGUUAGAAGCUACCUUUGCAUGUCAAUCAUUGGAUGAUAAUCGGUCCCCUGCUUGGCAUUUUUAAUCGCAUACUUUGACAUGUAUAACCAUGUCUCCGGCUUGUUUUAUUUUCGCCAAUUAUUUUCAGUGUGAUGGUGAUCUUGAGUAGAGUUCUUCCAAACUGUGGUAAUCCGAAUCUAUCAGUUCACCGAAGGGAGAAGGGAUGGGACCGAUAUCAUUUGCUAUGCUACAUACAUUACUCUAGGUGUUCCCAAAUCUAUGCACAAUUGGCCUAAUUAGGGGUUGAAUUGUUCUGGGAUUGACCGAGAUUCUAGAACGCUUCCCGAUGGUUGAUGAUCUUAUGGAUUCGGUGCUCCAAAUUAAGGUGGUGCCGUUUUAUCUUUUCGCUUGUUUGAAGUCUGAUAUGCUUCAUGUAGUCACAUGCAGGAAUGAAGUUCAGUAUUUUUUGGAGAAAUGGAAUGUACACUGAAAUACCUCUGAACUGACCUAUGUGAGUGGUAUAUACAUAUGAACUCCAGGAAUAACUAGCUACCUUUAAAGGGCCUUUGCCUCAGAGACCCAGAAGUGUUGUUGGCAGAUAUUCAAUGUAUAGUCUAUCACAGUGAUUUUAGGUGCAUGUUUAUGAUCUGCAUUUCUGUGUUGCUCAGAUGCACUUUACAAGAUCAACAUUAAAGUGUUUUUCUGAAUUUCUUUGAAGUGUUUUUGGUUUUCAAUAGUAGCCGGGCAAAUAUCUUCUAGUGUCGUUUUUACAAUUGAAUAUAUUGGUAGGAUCGUGAUAAACUCAACCUAAUCCAUGCUUGUAGCAUACUGUGAUCACAUUCCUUGGGAUGUCAAGGUUUACCAGGUAGGAUGUGUUAGGGGCAUUUCUAUUAGUAACGUUAUCGUCAUUAUAUAGAUACUUCGACGGGUUUUUAUUUCCAAGACCAUGUUGACAAUUAAAGAUUUAGGUUUUAUAGCCCUUGAAACCGUCAUUAGUAAGUGUACAGCCAUUAAAUGAGAAAAUAAUGUUGCAAGCAUGUAUCUACUAUUGUAAGUUUCUCACCUCCUUGACCUUAGACAAAAUGAAGUUUUGAUAAGGAACCCCCUCGUGCUGUAACUGGUAACCAGAUAUUCUAAGAGCUCGGGGUUUAGAACAUCUGUUCAGGGUGCCAUUUCCUCGCUUAUUCAUUUUUAUUGAAAGAAGCGCCUCUGCUUGCCCAUGGGCUGCGAGAUGCCUGUUGUGUAUUCUUCUCCAUCCUCUCGAUUGCUAGUUACAUGACUAGGACUUCAAACAAGGGUAAAGAUAAAAUGGCACUACCUUAAUUUCUAACCCUAAAUGCAUAAUAAACUAUUUGGAAGGGUUCUUGAAUCUUGCCCAACCCCAGAACAAUUCAGCCCCUAAUUUGUCAAUUUUGCACAAUUUUUGGAGCAUCUAGAAUAAUGCAUGUGGCAUUAUUCUGGGAUCGUUCUACCAUUUGAGAGGUCCUGCUUGGUGACUGGCAUUCGAGAGGACAAAAUAGACUGCUAUUUUGGAGUGAUUGCCUGCAGAGUGGAGACUUAAUAUGACGAGAUUAACCUGCUAUGCAUUUGGGCAACUUGCAUGACAAGACAUUAUGAGGCAUAUGAAUAGUGAACAACAAAACAGUUUCUAGGAAAACUUCAUUUCCUAGAGCUUCUUUUGUGAAUAGAUAUAAUAUGUAUUAAUACGAUCAUUCAAGAUUUCUUCCUAAGACAAUGCUUGGAUCCAUCAGUGGGGAGUGGGGUAUUUCCUGUGAUCUAUCAUCACGCAGGAAAUAUUAAUUAGCCACCGACAAGUGAUAAUUAAUUGGAGGCUCAUCAUUUUCUGUAGAAACUAGAACGGAAUGAGAUCUGCUUGUUUUGCUGUGAUUCCUUUAUAGCUAAAAAGUGGGCACUCUGUUGACCAGUAAAAUUUAUCGGCUAAUGUAUCUUGGUGUUGUCCAUUUGUAGUUAUUCAUAAUUGAACUUUCAGCUGUUCACCAGGCAUAAAAAUCUUCAUUCAGACUGCCAUAUUUACAUGGUCUCUAACGUAACUACAGACAAAUAUACAUAAUGUAACCAUGGACAAAUAAAGAAAAUAAUCUUGGCAGCAAGCACAUCAGAGAUGAACUAAAAUUACCUGGGCCAUUCAGUCUCAGAGGAACGAUAAAAACUCCAAUUAUAGUCAGCUUCAUAAAUUUCAAAAUAAAUGCACAGAAAUUGGGAUGCACCAAGACCAUAUUCUGCCACCUCACACAUCCCCUUUAGCCUGCAUCCAGCCUAUAGUGUGAUCAAUCUGGGGAAUACAUUUCUUUUAAAACGAUUGUGCUGAAAGAAGGCCGGUUGGAGGGCAUGGUGUUCAUUGAAUAUGCCUUUCAUAUUUCAGCUUUACUGUGUCAAUACAGUGCUUUAACUUCCAAUGGGUUACUCUGGUAAGUGGGUUUAUGUCUUUUAUCCGUUGAUACUGAAUGCUUCCGCUCGAAUUUUUUGGUACCACCACCUAUUCGUAUUAAAUUAAAUGAAACUCUCUUGUUUGUCACAUUAUCUAUGCAUUGUUGGUAGAUAAUAUAUUUUUUUAGAUUUCAUACAUCUUUUAUCAGUUGAUUCCAAAUGUUCUCGUUCCAACAGUUUCGUUGUCAUCAUUUAUUCAUGUUAACUUGCAUGCAACUUUCUCGUUUGGCAUGUGAUCUUUGUGUUGCCAGUAUGUUACCCUCUUUUCACCAUCGUUAUUAAAUUGUAUUUUUUCCUUGCAAUCAGAUGGAGAUCAUGAAAGAUACCAUUUAGAGGGCAUAAUGGAGAGUCCUGGAAUUGGUGAUGAUGGAGAGUGUUUCUCAGCAAUUAGCCUAAAUGCCACUUCAGUAAAUAUUGAAAUAUACUAUAACAAAGCAGUUAAUUACACGCUCAUGGUUACACUUGUAUCCUUUAAUUUGGAAAGGAAUUAUUAUGUAUUGAUAUAUUAUUAUUUACGGGAUUUUCGAUAUUCUUUUUUUGGAAUUCCUUGACAGUUUAACAAUAGGUUUCCUUCCUCCAAGUUCUUUUAUUGAUUCGACAAAUGGAGCAUAGCAAUACUCAAUCGGUAAUUUGAUCUACAUUCUUUCAGGCGAUUCAUAAGAAUUGACUUGAGAAUCAACUCUUUUAGUGUCCGAGAAAGCCUGAUAUUAUUAUUUUAUUACUUUUAAAAAUCUCAGGGGGCGGCCAAAGUUUCUAUUAUAAUGAUUGGGCAGCAAGCUAUUAUGGAUGCUUAUCUUUGUCUCCUGCAUCUAACUGCGGGUAUUUUGGUUGGUGAGUGCUUCCUAUUCUCACUUUUACUUGUGUUGCUCUUUCAUCAUGAAUUCAGUGUGAGGCACGUGUUGGGACUAAAUACAGAGAUCAUAUAAUUGCCAGGGGGAAGCUACAGGUGGAUGCUGUCUAGAAGUGUCUCAGUAACACUCAUGAGAUACCAUAUUUCUAGUAUUUUAGUGGGGAUCCCUGUUAUCACAAUAAAAGGGAGAAAUUGGCCAUCAAUAAGGCAAUGAUGAAUUAAUGAUGUUAAUUGAUUCAUUGUUGGGCCCAGUUAGUAAAUUAAGCCCUGUAAUGGCCUUAAAAUAUUGUGUCUUGCGUAAUGCGUCUGACAUUCCAUAGUUCACUCCCUCACCCUUCGCAUACAGUAAUGCCUACCCUCUCUGUCAUGCAACUUUGCUUUUAAAAAUUCCCAUUGUCCUUCUUAUCCCAAAUAGCAUAAAGCAUGAAAGAUGAAUCUGAAAGAUGACUCAUAGCUUCCCAUCACUUUUGUGCAUCACUUACUUUUUAUGCUAAUAUGUCAACUACUCCACUAGACGAGAGGCAUUUUCUAUUUUACCAGUUUAUCAUGGAAAAAUUAGUCCUCAAGAAACAAGUGGUCCAAUAAGUCAUCCUUCUCUUCACAUCGGUCAUCCUCGCUCCUUGGGUCGUACAUAAAGAGAAAGCUGAUCAUAUGUGGGUAGUAUGACAAGGAAUUUCGACAUUAGUGACGGAGUCACCAAUGUUAACCAUCAAGGAGCGAGGAUCUAGCUUUAAAGAAGACUUAGACAUGACAACUCCAGAAAUGCAAAUAUCUAACUUUACGAAUGAAGAUAUUGAUCGAAACAUCAGGAUAGAGAAAAAGUUGGAUGAGUGAAUAUGAGCAUCAGUCCAAUUAGCAUGACGAACUUCACAAUGAGCUAUGUAAUCUCUUUGAAUAGUAACUGGGCUGUCCGACUCAUAACCAAUUGGACAUGAGUGCAGUAGGCUCAUCUUUAUAGUCACAAGUUUACUUUUGUUCUUACGAAUUCAGGACAGCUCUUAGCACACUCCCCUGUGAGCCAGCAUACCAACUUUUGAGCGUUGUUAUGAAUAAUACCAGUACCCUGUGAACUAUAUCUUACAUGGUUUUAGUUUAAUGAACUUUCUAGCUAUCAUUUAUAAAUCUGGAAUUGAAUCAUACCGUCUUGGUGUGCCAUCGUUCAGUUGAUCUUUGUUUCCAAAAUGACUUAUUUUGUGAUUUCUUUCUCUAGACAGGAUUCAUCAACUGUUGUACGUGUUUCUAUUUGCAUUUAGCACUUGCCUGUGCUUCCUACAUUUCUAUGUUCUGUAGAGCAGUACAUUUUAUCUAUUGCAUAAUUAAACCAAUCAUUUAGUGGGCCUGGACUGGUCUCAAUAUCACUCUGCCUUACAUUUGUUUGCAGAAUCCCUGUUUAAUGCUUUUGCAACUGCUGCCUUCUUCAAGUUCGUAGUUUUCUCUAUCUUUGAGAUGAGGUACCUUCUUGCAAUAUGGAAAGCUAAUAGACCUUUGAAUAGCGGAGAAGGUUGGGAAUCAAUGAGACGUGAGCUAUCAGUUCUUUAUAGCCGUUUCUGUAAGUGAUCUAAUGAUAUAUCUCCCUUAUUUUUUGUUUUUUUGGUUCCAGUUGAUUCAGAUUGCUUUGCCUGUGACCCCUUGCCUAUGAAAGUAUAUAUCACUCUAUGAAGGAAUUAUUCCUUGGGCUAUACUGCCAACGAAGGUCUAUAAUAUUCUGGUGUCAGAUUCAACAAUUAGGAAUAUCUUGGUGACAGGCAUUCAUUGUUCCCUCCAUGACUUGAUUAAUGAUCUUCAGUGGAAGGAGAAUAUAGUUUUUGAUGUAGUCAGGUCACCAUUUGAUUUUAGCUUUUUGUUCAGAUAGUCCCCAGUAAUUUUUGCAUACAUUAUUUAUUUAUUAAUCUUUUAAACUUAGAAGGUACAGCAAAUAUCUUGGAAAUUUUCCUGAAUUUGAGAUUUUCUUUAGUCUACUUCCAAGGAAAAAAAGGUUCCUUAAUCCUCGAAGAAAACACUCAUGGUUCACCUAUAUCGAAGGAUUUUAAAGUAUGACUCCUUACAAAAACCAGAGUAUCUUUGUAGGGUGACCAAAAGCACAUAUCAUGGAAUUAUGUGGACCGAAAGAAGAUGAGUUCAUUGUUUGAUCUUGUAGAUGGACACCAUAGUUAGUUAUAUCUAUAUGACCAGUAACCCCAUCUAUUAUUUAUGGUGUUACAUUAAUUAUCAUAAUUCAUAUAAGAUCAUCUUCUCUGUGUUUGGUCUCAAAUUCAUACGAUGUUUCUCCAGUGAAGUACCACGUUUGAAACAUCAACUUGCCUAUAUUUAUGUCAAAUAUCUGGUUUUGUAUUACUGAUGAUUUAUGAGAUCCCCUGGUGCCUGAUAUCCAUGUUUCUAUUUUCAGAUGGUGUUCUUUUGGGGGGUAUCCUGGUCAUGUAUGAGUUCCGGAGCAUCUUGCGUUUUAUUCUCUUCCUCAUGUACUCCUUCUGGAUACCUCAGAUAGUGACCAACGUUGUUCGUGAUACAAGAAAGCCACUGCAUCCUCAUUACGUAUUAGGCAUGACUGUCACUCGACUUGCAGUUCCAUUAUACAUAUUUGGUUGCCCGGACAAUUUCAUGAGAAUUGAGGUUGAUAAGACUUGGUGCAUAUGCUUGGGAGCUUUUGUUGGAGUACAGGCAGCAAUUCUCCUCCUGCAACAUUAUCUUGGCUCUAGAUGUUUCAUACCUCGUCAGGUUUGUGAAUCGACUGCCAUCUUUGGAAUUCCAUCCGAGAUGAUCCUUUUUGAUGCUGAGUUUGAUUCCUUAUUUUCCUCUAGUAUAAUUCUGGACACUUGAAUGGGAUGCUAAAACUUGCCAUAUUUCUCGCGCCACCUGUGUCUGAUGCACUCCAGCAAGGAUUUUGCCAUAAAAGCUGGUGAUGUCUAGCAGGUUUGGUGAGAUCUAACUAGAGAAACUACAAUGAUAUCUGGGUUGGAACCCAAGAUGAUGCUUUAUUUUCCUCAUCCUCGUGACCUUUCUAAUGAGAUGAGAUGAGCAAUUUAUGGCCUUCAUCUGCCUCAAGCGAGCUACGAUUCUGGGAGAAUUAGGAAAUUUUAUGGGCAGUUGGACUGAUCUCACUCUGAUCACCAUAUUCUGAUCUAGAGAGGGCUUAACAUAGAAAGAUGCAAGGAGCCAUAUUGGGGAAAGUUUCUGUGACUAAAAUAUGUUCUACCAUUUCAGUGAUGCCACUUGUAUUUACUAGGAGAUGAGGGAGAUGGUAAAGAGAGGAGAUUGGCACAAACGAAUGGAUAGGAUCUAACCCACAUAGUCACUCAGGAGGUUAUAUUUUCUAUUCCUUGAGUAUCAGGCCCUGCACGGAAAUGCUGGCUUGCCCCUUUCUGUAAAUCCCUUGGCUUCUUUUUUAGUGGGACUGGGCUGGACGGGUUCCAGUCAUGGAGUGAUGUCACAUCAGUAGAGCUAUACUUUCUACUCAAGUGGAAGAUUUCAGUAAAACAGGCUCCAAAUUGAACUUCUAAAGUCUAAUUUUCAAGUAAGAUGAAAAGGCAGAGGAAUUCAGUGGCUGCAACUGAGUUGAAGUGUCCCACUAAUAUUUUCUCCAUCCUAAUCUACUCUUAGCUCAGAGUCUACGAUCUAAAUAAUGUCAGCUGGUCAAGUGUUUAUUUUUUCCUUCUGUUUAAAGAGAUGAUAUCUCUAAAUUGCAGUCGUUUGCUUCAAAUCAGGCUUUGCAUUUCUCUGUGCUUAUGAUAGAAGACUAUGAUACUUUUCUUCACAAUUUUUUUCUGUUAUUUUUAUGUCAGAGCAUAUAUAUUUAUGGUAGCCGUGCUCAUCUCUGAGGAGCAUCAGUGUUUAGAAAUCAUGGCUUUGUUAUCGUCAAAAUCAUUUUUUAUUGUUCAGCGCGUUUUAUCACUAUAAUUUAUAUAUUUGCUCCUAAAAACUAAGCACCCAUCUUAACAUAACAGAGGUGGGUAUUUUAUGUCAAGAUAUUAUCAGUAUUAUUUUAUAUUUUCUCAACAAACUCUGUGACUUCAUCAUCGUAAUUAAUUGCACUGGGUUGACCAACACCAAAAAAAAAAAAAUAAAUAAAUAAAUUUUGAGAAGAGGAUAUGGCCACUGAAAAUUUUCACUUGGCAUUCGAUUCUUGAUGGCUCAGAACCUAUUUUAGCAAUGUAUAAUUUAAUCAGUAUGGGUCAGUAUCAUCUUUUCUGACAUCAAAAGGGAAAUCAAAAAUAUCUUUUGGUUUAAAUGUAUGAGUUGAAAAGUUCAAUCGAUUAGCAGUUUGGAUCAUUUUAGACAGCUUUUCAUCUUCAAUCAAGCCGUACUCACAGCAAUCUUCUUUACUCGUUCGAUUGGUGACAGAUCUUGCCAGAAAAAUAUAGUUACUCCAGGAGGCUCGACAAUGACGCAUCUCAGUCUAUUGAUUGCGUGAUCUGCAUGACUGCCAUUGACGUUACACAACAACCCAGUGACCACAUGGUAUGGAUUCGACCGAGCAUGAAACUGUCAGCCCCCCCCCCCCUCCACCCCCGAUAUAUAUAUAUAUAUAUCUAUAUAUAUAUAUAUCUAUAUAUAUAUAUAUCUAUAUGUACAUAUUUAUAUAGAUUUAGUAAAUUUGAUGAAAUUCAUGUGUGUACAGGUUACGCCUUGUGAACAUUUGUUCCAUUCUGGCUGCUUACAAAGAUGGAUGGAUGUAAAGAUGGAAUGCCCUACUUGUCGACGGCCGUUGCCACCAGCUUAG